GAAGAACUGACACGUUUGGCAGCGGAGGAGAAAGAACGAGCAGCUGCACGUGAACGUGAGAUAGAAAUUGAGCGAAAAAGGCUAGCUGAGGAAAUGGAGAGGGCGAAAAAGGAGGAAAGGGAAGAACAACGCCAAAAAGCUGAAUCGGAGAGGCGCAUGAAGGAGGCCAAUGAGCUGAAAAGACGCCAAGAGGAAGCGGAAGAAUCGGCUCGAAAAGCUGCAUUUGAGCAGGAACGCCUACGGCAACAAGCAGUAGCAGCAGCUGCUGCACGUGAGAAAGAAGAAUGUUUCAAAAGAAUUUGUCAUUACGGAGCAAUAUCCUCCCGCGCUGAGGCAGAAAUCAGUGCAAGAUCCAUCCGUAAAUCGGCCGUUUUCCUGGCAGGCAACAUAUCGAAGUGGCGAAGAAAAAUUCAUAUCACCGAAGGGGAUCAAACUGAUGUAGCCCGGGCUGGAGUUUGGGGCGCCGCUUCCCAGAAGCUUACUUGGCGACAGAAUUCUCAGCCUGAAUCAGUAAUAAUGCCGUCACGACAAAUGGCCUGGGGUGGUGCUGGCGCUGUGAGCGACACGAUUGCAGCCUCAAAUGAUGGAUCCUCAUCGGAGAACGGCAGUAAAGCGCGAUCAAAAAGAGGUGCACAUGGUGCCAGCAAAUCUGAGCGUAGCGUCAAAUCGAACAGUGCAAAUGCGGAGCAUGAGGUAUGUUGCCAGUUACGUGAAAUUCGGCUUUUUUUUUUUUUGCUUAAAAUAGCUUAA